AUGGCAUGCAUUAACAGGUGCAAAUUGGAUAAGCAGGCCAUCUGCGGCGCGCCGGUGGUGCCGCCGAUGAACCCGCGCAUCUCGUUCUCCAGCGACUUCGUCGUGGAGCAGCACGCCGCACGGACCACGAGCCCGCCGCCCGAUCCCGACUUCGAGUUUGCCGUCGGCAGCCACUCGAUGAUCGACGCUGAUCGACUCUUCUUCGAGGGCCGGCUGCUCCCGCUCAAGGACACCCACCAACGCGGGCCGUAUCAGCGGGUCAUCACCACCUUGAGGGAAGAGCUUCGGACUGACGAGGAGGACGGGGCCCGGUGGGAGCGGCCGCUGAAAGGAUCCAUUAACUGGAGGGUGUUGUUUGGAAUCAAGAAGGCCCGUCGCCGCUCGGCGGCGGCAGUGACGGCAAAGAAGAGCGACGAGGUUGAUGAUGAGCUUCUUGUCAAGCCAACAUAG